UCUUACAAGAAGAAUUGAAAUACAAUUCUAUUUCAACGAACAACCAAUAAAUAUAAAAUAUCAACCAAUUAACACCGAUUUGCCACCCAAACUCCCACCAUUACCAAAACGUAUAUACCUAGACAGUCAGCCAUAUACUUAGUAAAUACAAGAGCCAUUCCUCAUAAUAAAGAAUGGAAAAAUAAAAUUUGACACUAGAGACAAAACUUUUGGUUAGUCAACUUUAAAUCGAACAAAAGUAAAAUCAUUUUGCGCGUAUCUCUUCAGAAGUUUGUUUUGUCAACCAUACAUGCCACUAAAAUGAAAAAUUUUAAAAGUAACUCACAUGGGCAUGAAUGAAAAUAAACUUAAUUCUUGUGAAAAUCAAACCACGUGAUUGACAAAUUGUGAGUUAAAAUCCAGUUUUCAAAAUACUUUUGAGAAAAUUGACGAAAAUUGACGAAAAUGAGCUAGUUUGACAUUAAAACUGUGUAUAUGAAUUGAAGUCUUCGAAAUACUUGGAGUAAAUUGAGAAAAAUGAGGUAGCUUGACGACGACUUUGUCUGUGAAUUGAAGUAUUCAAAAUACUUGAGAGUAGAUUGACGAAAAUCAGGUAGCUUGACGCUUAAAACACGGUGUAAAUGAUUUAUUCUCUUUUCACUUAUCUUGUAACAUUUUUCUACUUUUCCUAGGUAAAUAAAUUUUUUGUGUGACGACGUCUCUGUAAAUUCAUAGCGUUUCAUUUCAUAUGCAAAAAUAGCGUUUGCUUUUCAUAAGACCUACUAGAUUAAUCUGCGUCUUUCGGCAUAGCUUUACCUGCUUUUUGUUCAAAUUUCCCUUGCAUUCUGUGAGGGAAAGACUACAAUUGGAGUUUCAAUUUUGUUUCUGAGGUACCCAAAAAAUGGGUGAUCCUGGCUUCAUCUCUGGAAUGAUUGGUUGGGCCAUUCAGUUGGCUGCGAAUCAGAUUAUUCAAUGUAUCAAUGUUGCCAUCGCAUGCAGGAAAGAGUUGGAAGCCCUCAAAAUUUUGCUUCUCAAAAUUCAAUCGUUGAACAUAGAAAUGCAGGAAUAUCGAAAAGCUUUGAACUCUGGGAGAAUGGGCACAUCCCCUCACCAUUCUUUACCCCCAACGGUCAACAGCUGGUUGAACGAAUUGAAUGCUCUUCUGGAGGAAGCUUCUGAUUUGGCACAGCGCUGCACUGUACGCUCAUCCUGUCAUCUUUUUUCUCGUUACAGAACGAGUAGAAAGAUCAGGAAACUCACUACAAAUGUGGAGAAGCAUGUAGCCUCCACGCCUUUAGUUGCUUUUCUGCACCAACUGCAACAACAUGUGUCGAAUCGACAAGUGCUUGAGCAGGUUAAAGAGAUGAAGGAUUCUCUAAAUCUGCAUACUUCAGCACUUGCCCAAACAUCCGGAGAUUUUCCGUCCACUUCUUCAACCGCUGCCAAUAUGAAGUAUAUUGAGGAGGCACUAGUUGUCGGACAAGAUUCUGUAUCCAUCAGACUUGGGGAGCUAAUCGAUUCAGAGAAGCACAAAAAUGUGUCUCGUUUCGGCAUAGUUGGGAAGGGCGGAGCCGGGAAGACUCUACUUCUUAGACGAGUCUUCAAUAGUAACCAGGUACAGAAUCUCUUUUUUAAUGACUUGAUGCUUUGGCUUACUGUUUCACAGAAUCCAUCUUUCAAUGUUCUUAGAAAUGAGCUUGUCAAACAAAUAGCUCUAAAAGUAAAUGAAAGACUGGACAGCAGAGAAGAAGACUGUGUAAAAUCAUGGUUGAAUCAAAGCAUGAAAAAACACAAGUUUGCCCUAUUUUUAGAUGAUGUUUGGGAAACAAGCGCAGCCUCCUUGUUAGAGGAGUUGUGUGUGCCUCACUUUGCACACCUGAACUCCAGCAUCAUCAUUGCCACAUCCAGAAGUAAGAAUGUUCUCUCACAGAUGGGUGUUCCACCUCCAUCAAUCGUUCAAAUGCAAGACUUGACCAAGGAAGAUAGCUGGAGAUUGUUUUCAUUCCAUGCUUUUCAACACAACGAUGGAAUUUUGCCCAUGGGCAUUGACCAAGGAAUAGCAAAGCAUGUUUGCAAGGAGUGCGGAGGACUGCCAUUAGCCCUCAAAGUAAUCGGGCAGGCAAUGGCAGGCAUAACCCAGUUAAAUGAAUGGGAAUUCACACUCCAGAGAUUGCAGAAUGAUUCUUUACACUCGUUUCUAGGGAGGUUGAGAUUAAGCUACGAUGCUUUGGCCAACGUGCCUGGCUAUGGUAUUUCCUUGCAGUUGUGCUUCCUCUGCCUCGCUGCUUUCUCAGAAGACAGAGUCAUCUGUACGGGAGUUGCUACAGAAUACUGGAUUGGAGAAGGAUUGGUGACCGGGUCAAAUCCUGUCCAAACUGGAGAGAUAUAUGUCAAUUUAUUAGCAGAUCGAUGCCUUAUUGAGCCACUCCAGAAGGAUCACAGUGGAAAUGUGCUCUAUUUCAGGGUGCAUGAUUUAUUGCACGAUUUAGCACACCAAAUUGCGGAGAAGGAAGAAAAAUGCUUCUUUCGGGCACACAGAGGUCUAGGAGAGUUUCCAGCGGAUGACUGUGGGGGACACGUCAGAAUUUCAUUGGAGGGCAAUUGUUUUACUAGGGUUCCAAAGGCAUUCGGAGCUCCCCAUAUCCGCUCCUUGCUACUCGCUUCUAAUCGUUCUUUGUCAGCAAUUCCAAAAGAGGUGACUGGGAGAAUGACCGCUCUCAGGGUUCUUGAUUUGUCACGGACUGCACUGCAGUCGUUGCCAAAAAAUAUGGGAUGUUUGAAGAAUUUAGUUUGCCUCAGGUUACGCUCUGUUCCAAUCAAGAGACUGCCCAGCUCUGUCGCUACUCUCAGAAACCUUCAAAUAUUAGAUCUUUACAGAUCUGAUAUAGCACAACUCCCAUCCAACAUUUCUAAUCUGACUUCUCUAAAACUUUUGGAUGUUAGUUUUUGUGAACAUCUGCAGAGCUUGCCUUAUGGGGUCUCAAAUCUUACGUCUCUGGAGUACCUGGAUGCAAACAAUUCUCCGAAUAUAUGGUGGAAUAAGUGCAGAAGAGAUUGGCUUUCAAUUAAUGAUUUGGGCACCCUAUAUCAACUAAAAAGGUUGGGACUUACAAAUAAUGGUGAAAUAAUUCGAGAAGGAAUGCUGGGAAACACAAAGCAGAUGGAGUGUCUGCAUUUGUCUCUAGCAGAUAUGGAAAGCCUACCCCAGGACAUGGCUGCCAUGUCAAGAUUGAAGAAACUCUGCCUUUCUUGUCCUCAAUUACUACAAAUAGAAAAUUCAUUUUGUAAGUUUCAAUAUUUGAGCUACAUUAGGUUUUCCAACUGUGGCAUGUUGAAACAACUUCCUGCAUUGCACAUACUUCGGAGUCUGAAGCAUCUGGAUAUUGUUGCUUGCCCCAACAUAGAGAAAUUCCCAGAGGAAUUUGGCAAGGAGGGAGCAUUUCCUAAUCUGGAAGUGUUGUCAAUGGUGGAGAUGAAGAAGUUAGAGCAACUUCCAAUGGUAGACGAAGGAGCGCUACCUUCAUUGAAAACAUUGACAGUAAUGAAGUGUGAGGCAUUGCAGAUGUUGUCACUGUGUUAUUGGAAUUUGAAGAGUGUAGAGAAGAUAAGGGUGUAUGGAUGUUCAAAGGCUCAAACUGUCAUGGCAGUGGAAGAAAAGUUCAUCAAGACAAAGACCAAGGUGCAAACACUAAGAUUAUCCACUGCAGAAACUCAAGCGUUGGAAGAACACUUCUCUGAUAUCCGUCGUGGGGGUCAACAUUUUUAUUAUGGUGAAUUUUGGUGUAGUGAGAUGUUUCAGUUUUUGGAUGAUAUUAAUCGAAUAAAUUUAUAUUGAUUUAUAUCAUUCUAAAUUGUUAAAUAUAACGAUUGUGAGAUAGUAAUUAUUUUUUUAGCAUGUCAAUAAAGUUGUAGAACAAGUCAAGUUGUGAAUCUAUGGCAACAUUUUUUUGAAUCAAUAUGUUUCACCACACU